UCAAAAGACUAAGCUAUAAUUAAUUUAAAAAUUACAUACGGAAAAGCUGUGGAAAAAGCGAUAUUUUGCUAGAUGCAAAGCAAGCAUAGAUAGAACUAUAAUUAAGUUCUUUAGUUUUAAAAAAUAUACAAUAAGCAUUAAUAAAAACUAAAUAUCAAAUUAAUAUACGCGUAUAACUUUAGUUAUGGCAUCCAAAGUCAUGGUUAGUAAAUCGGUGAGAAUUCUGUUUGAGAAUCUGGGAUCAUCGUCCUCAGAGGAUCCACCGAUGGAAGAAUGGUCAUCUAUGAUCGAAACGUUGCUUACUGACAACCCUAAAAGGGCAGCGUACGAAGAGGGUCUGUACGACCCUGGCAGUGGAGAGAUAUGCGCUAAGUACAUAGAACUUUCAGAUAGCACGGUUUUACGUCAUGUUUAUUAUAAUUACCCCGGUAUUAAAGAUCCGGGUAUCACUGAUGCAUUGUUGCAACCAGAACCUCAGAAAAUAUACGACUACGACGGUCAAGAGUUGUAUUUGGAUUUAUGCGAUCAGAUGAACGUGGUUCCUGUAAGAGAAUUCUACAGGGGAUUGCUCAAGGAAGCUAUUGAUUUGAAGUACUAUGGCGUGAAUUCCGUGGGUGUGCGAGCAAUGACUUUGGCUUUGGCCAAUAAUAAGUACGUGAAGAGAUUGGACCUCACCGGCAGUUUUCUGAGUCUUGAUGCUUGCUACCACCUCGGCCAGUUGCUGGGCGAUAGUUUCGCCUUAAAGGAACUGGUUUUGUGUAAUUGCAAGUAUGUGGUAGUGUGUUACUGUGAUUCAUAG